AGACGUCCUCGGGAUCGGGACCUGACCGCCACCGUCCCCUCUCUGACCCGCUCCGCCGCCGUAGGGGACGCCCGCCGCCUCCGACGUCGCCAUGGCCUCGGGCGACGACUCGACGGCGCCCAUCGCCGCCGACGAGGCCGACGAUGUAGAGAUGAACGACUUGGGCGCCGGCAACGGCGACUCCAGGCCGAAGCAGAAGGUAAACAAAGCCUGGAGGAUGUCGCCAAUGGCUGAGUAUCUUCCCGAUCAGUACUUCAAGGAUGGGACAAGCAAGAUCGAUUUUGUGCUGGUGCGCACGUGCAUCAGGGAAGAUAGCGAUGACGGGAUCGACCACGAGCUGCGGCAGAAAAUCUACGAGGAAAACCUGAGGAAGGAGGGCCUGCACCUGGAGGAGGAGAAGAUUGACGAGAACAGUCCGCUGACGUUCGUCAAGAUCCACACGCCGUGGGAGGUGCUGCAGCGAUACGCAGAGAUCCUCAAAGUCCGCAUGCCCAUGAAGGAGCCGGCAGGUCUCAACACGGACGAAGACUUCAUCAAGAAGGUGCCCGUGAUCCGGGAGAUCACGGACCUGGUGGACAUUGUCGACAAGGGCAUGUUUGGGGUCAACCCGCGCAAGUUUCCGCCCAAGAACAAAUACCUCACUGGCGUCUACAGCCGCGAUCGCGAGUACUUGUUUGAUAUGUCCGAGGACUUUUUCACGCCGGCUGUGCGCGCUCGCGUUGUGUCUUUCAUUUUGAAACGGAAGUGGUUCGUGCAUCAAACAACCACGCAGGAACCGAAGAUGGACUUUGGUAUCGACAAGCUUCUGGCCGAUGGUACUUACAUGGCCAGCUACGCUCCACAUGAGGGUGACUUCCGUCGUCUGGGGAACGCGCGAGCGCUGCUCUAUUACGAGUGGGCCAACCUGCGGAAGUUCUACCGCCACCAGCCGCUCGACUAUGUGGAGGACUACUUCGGUGUCAAGAUCGGCAUGUACUUCGCCUGGCUGGGCUUCUACACGUACGCGCUGAUCCCUCCGGCCAUCGUGGGCAUCAUCUGCUUCCUCUACGGAGUCAUCACCAUCUAUGACGACGUGCCCACUAACGACAUCUGCGCCGACGAGGGCACCUGGAUGUGUCCCAUCUGCGACGUAUUCUGCGGCUACUGGCGGCUCAACGAGACGUGCGUCCACUCGCGGGUCACCUAUCUCAUCGACAACCCGUCCACGCUGUUCUUCGCCAUCUUCAUGUCGUUCUGGGCGGCGCUGUUUCUCGAGUUCUGGAAGCGCUACUCGGCUGAGAUUACCCACCGCUGGGACCUGACUGGGUUCGACGUCAAAGAGGAACACCCCCGGCCCGAGUACCUCACCAAGCUGAAGGAUCUGAAACAAGAGGUGAACGUGGUGACCAAGCAGCUGGAGCCGCACGUCAGUUUCUGGAAGAUGCGCUUCCCUCGGAUCAUGAUCAGCGUGUCAGUCAUCCUCCUGCUGAUCACGGUCGCCAUCGCCAUUAUCGUGGGCGUGGUGCUGUACCGUCUGUCGGUGCUGGCCUCGCUGGCCUACUUCAAGGACGACUACGUCAGCAGCUACGCCAUGCUCUUCACCAACGCCACGGCGGCUACCAUCAACCUGGUCAUCGUGCUGCUGCUCAACCAGGUGUAUGACCGACUGGCCGAGUACUUAACGGACCUGGAGCUGCCGAGGACGCAGUCGGAGUACGACGACAGCCUCACGCUCAAGAUCUACCUGCUGCAGUUCAUCAACUACUACGCCUCCAUCUUCUACAUCGCCUUCUUCAAGGGCAGGUUCCACGGCUACCCGGGAGACUACAACCGGAUCGCCGGCUUCAGACAGGAGGAGUGCGGCCCGGGCGGUUGUCUUCUGGAGCUCACCAUGCAGCUGGGCAUCAUCAUGGUGGGCAAGCAGGCGCUGCUCACCGUCUGGGAGAUGGUACUGCCGAAGCUGUUCACCUGGCUGGGCGACCUCGGUAAGAUGCUGACACAGAGUAAGGACGAGGAGCGGGUCCUGCCGCAGUGGGCGGCCGACUUUAAACUGCUCGACUGGGGACCGCAGAGCCUCUUCUGGGAGUACCUCGAAAUGGUGAUCCAGUUCGGCUUCGUCACCAUCUUCGUGGCGUCGUUCCCGCUGGCUCCGCUGUUCGCCAUCAUCAACAACGUGCUGGAGAUGCGGCUGGACGCCCGCAAGCUGCUCGUCUUCUACCGGCGACCGGUCGGACAGCGAGUGAGGGAUAUCGGCAUCUGGUACCGCAUCCUUAACACCAUAGGGAAGCUGGCCGUACUCAGUAAUGCGUGCAUCAUUGGCUUUACGUCCAACUUCAUUCCGCGCCUGGUGUACUCGAUGCGUGUCAGCGAGGACGGCACGCUGAAGGGCUACAUGAACCAUAGUCUGUCCGUGUUUCGGGUGGCUGACUUCCCCGAAAAGUACCGGCCCGUCGUCGAUAACGAUACCAACAUUGAGACGUGCAGGUACAUUGACUACCGGCUGGGGCCGGACGCCGAGGACAAAUACGCCCCAGAUGUCCUCUACUGGCACGUACUGGCCGCGCGGCUCAUCUUUGUACUCAUCUUCGAGAACGUGGUGUACGUGGUGAUGCAGCUCAUCUGCUGGAUCACACCGGACGUGCCCAGGAAACUGAAGGAGCGCAUACAACAGGAGAACUAUCUCGUACAGGAGAUGAUUGUUGAGAUGGAGCUGUACCGUUCCCGCGGGGAGGACCCCAGCAACCUCGGCUGUACACUGCUGCAGAGGCUCAUCGGCGACCCGGAGAUCAAUCCUGUCGUCUGAUGACGGCCGUUUCUCUCAAAGCGUUACCGAGAGCAACUGAAGCCGUUCGCGCAGCGCUCGAUGCUGAUGUCCCAGCCGACCCGGCGACGGAGCCAGCCCUCAGACGGCUCCAGCAGUCAGCAGCCCGACCGGAUAGCCGACAUAGAGACUGAGGUGCGGACGUAGGCGGCGUCUAUCGGACACUCCAGUCAUCAGUAGUACACUUACUGACGCACAGAUGCCGCCCAUGCAGCGCGAUGGAAAGCCAUUGUGGCGAGCGGACCCCAAAUAUGAUCUGGUGUUUUCUACAGCUGAGAAUGAAUCUUAAUCAGAAUCUGAGGUGUGUCAGUGAGAUUUUUACCCGCGAUUGUGGCUUGUCGCUGAGGGAGGUGCCUCCCCACUGACCGAUCUGACGUGAAAGUUAACCACUUUCUCGGUGUUAGGCAGGCGGCCAUAUCCGAUGCUGUUAGAUGAGAUCUGAUUUGCUCAGUGGACGUUCCGGAGGUUGUUUUUAGUACUUACAUAUAAUGCUGAUCAUGUCAACUGUUAAUGCGACAAUAAUAAUUAGUAGGAGUGCUUCCCUAUGCUAUUUACCGUCGUGCAAUCCAUGGCAGUGCGCAACGUCCAGACAAGUGGCCAUUUAACCAGUGCCACGUUCUUCGAGGCCAAGUUCGGUACUUAAUCGCUUAUAGCAAUACGUGUCCUAUAAGUGAGGUGAUUGGACGAUGCUUUUAUUGUGGUGGCGUGGAUGAUAUCUGUUAGAAUUGUUCUGGUGCUUUGCUGUGCUGAAUGCUUUGAGUUCCUUGCGGAGUGCGCACGAAAACACGCAGGGAAACGGGUACGGAGGCCCGUAUGAAACCGUGAUGUGCUGGAUCUGAUAAUCUGAUAUGAGAUGUUAAUAUUUAUUUGUCAAAAGUUGUGAUACAGGGAGGAGGGCAUCUCGGACGAUGCUACGAUAUCGACCGUGAUUUAAUCGCUGUGGAAACCCAGGCGUGUUUCUGAAAAGUUACCGUCGUGCCUGAGCAGCAUGUGUUGUAUCUGAUUAAAAAAGUCAAACUCCAUACUGCAGCAAAACUAAGUGCCCACCUGUCUCCUGCCAAUGACACUGAAGUCGGCGAGCUUUACCACAGGAGAUCUGACGUUGCUUUAACGGUGCCUCUGGCGUAGUCCUACAGUGUAACGCUGUACAGUCCUCUCACGUAACACCCCAGACCGCUGAGGACCGGGAACGUGGUCUCCGGGACCAGGGACCGCGUGUGGUCUGGCGUGGUCUCGUGCCCGACGGGUGGACAGCGUCCUUUCACUGGCCUCGCGACGUGAGGACGGAUUGUUGGAGUGAAUAAUACAGAGAACGCUACAGA